UUCUGUUUAGGCAACAUGGCGGGGGUCGAGGAGGAAGAAGCUCUCCUGCCCGGCACCGUCAGUGGUGGAUCCAGCAAUGCUGAAAACAAGAAAAUGUUGGCUAUUUGCGACCCUAGCAAGUUCGCGCAUAGAAUAGUGGUGCUGUCUCUCAUGUGCUUCCUGGGGUUCGGAAGCUAUUUUUGCUACGACAAUCCAGCAGCUUUGCAAACCCAAGUCCAAGGGGAUAUGAAGGUGGAUACUGCACAGUUCAUGCAGUUGUAUGCCUGGUAUUCCUGGCCAAAUGUUGUACUCUGUUUCUUCGGGGGUUUUCUGAUAGACAGAGUAUUUGGAAUUAGGUUGGGUACUAUAAUAUUUAGCCUGUUUGUUUGUGUUGGACAGGUUAUAUUUGCAACAGGUGCUCUGUUCAAUGCCUUUUGGUUGAUGGAAGUUGGCAGAUUAGUGUUUGGUAUUGGAGGUGAAUCUCUUGCUGUUGCCCAAAAUACUUAUGCUGUCAGUUGGUUCAAAGGGAAGGAGUUAAACCUGGUGUUUGGAUUGCAGCUUAGUAUGGCGAGAGUGGGCAGCACAGUAAAUAUGAAUGUAAUGGGUUUGGUUUACGCACGUAUACAAGAUCUUAUAGGCUCUACUGGUCACACUACUCUUGGUGUAACUCUCAUGAUAGGUGCUGUCACAUGUGUGUUUUCACUGACCUGUGCACUAGUGCUUGCUUACCUCGAUAAACGUGCUGAAAAAAUUCUUAAUAAAGAACAGGGGAAAACAGGUGAAGUUAUUAAGCUGACUGAUGUCAAGGAUUUCUCGCUGUCUUUGUGGCUGAUAUUUAUGGUCUGUGUGUGUUACUACGUUGCUGUGUUUCCUUUCAUUGGGCUAGGGAAGGUGUUCUUUAUUGAGAAGUUUCAGUUUUCUCCAUUACAAGCAGGUGCUAUAAACAGUGUAGUCUAUAUUAUCUCUGCCCCGCUGUCACCGUUAUUUGGAUUUUUGGUAGACAGAGUUGGUAAGAACAUCAUCUGGGUAAUGUGUGCAGUGGUGACCACACUUGCCGCGCACAUCAUGCUGGCUUUUACGUUCUGGAACCCAUGGAUAGCUAUGAGUCUAUUAGGCGUCUCUUAUUCCCUGUUGGCCUGUGCAUUGUGGCCCAUGGUAGCCUUUGUGGUCCCGGAACAUCAACUGGGAACAGCAUAUGGAUUCAUGCAGUCUAUCCAGAAUCUGGGUCUUGCUAUUAUUGCCAUUGUUGCUGGUACCAUACUGGACUCUCGGGGAUACCUGUUUUUGGAAGUAUUCUUUAGUUCUUGUGUGUGUCUGUCCAUCAUAGCGGUUGUUAUGCUGUAUUUUGUUAACCUUAUAGGAGGUGGUGAACUGAAUUUAACAUCCUGGGAGCGAGAGAAACUGCAGAAGCUAGCUGCUAUUGAAAAAGAAACUGAAUAGCAAAUAUCAACUUGAAGUAUGCAGAAUUGGGUCAUCAUGUCAACUCGAAGAGCCUAUAGUGUCUUCUGAGCUUGAUACAAAUAGUCAAUCUGCCUUAUGUAAAGUACAUUAAGAAUGUGUACCAGGACUAAUGUAUGUUUUUACUUGUAAUACCAAAGGGAACAGCACAGAAUAUGUUAGAACACAUUUAUUUACUCUAGAAUUAUACAUUUUGUUGAAAUGUAGUUAAUCUGGAAAACUAGAUAGCACUUGACAUUUUUGGCACAUUUAUAUUAUACUGUAUUAAUACAGUAUUUUCAAACAUGUUAAAAUAUUUUAUAUAUAUAUAUAAAAAAAUUUUUUUAGUACUUAUAAAGCAAUUAACUUGUGAAUGUUCGGUACACAUUUAUUAGACUAGUAGCACUUAAGCCUCAUUCUCUUCUGUGUUCUUUUGAAAUACUAAGCUCAAAUCUUUUGUUUUCCAAAACUGUUUUGAGAUGUGGCUACGUUUUUACAGAAUGGUAUUUAAGAAAUGCUUAAAUACUAUCCUUUAAUUUUUUUAUUUGUCAUUUUACAUUGCUUUUAACUGACUAUGAUCAUUGAUAACUGGCUUAUAAACCUGUAACAUGAGUGAUAUUCAGUACCUUUUAAAGUAUGCUGUAGUUAUUUGAGCUCAGCAGCUGUACGCACUGCAGUUGUGGUUACUAAUAAUUGAAUCAUAAGUGCUGGCUUCUAUGAUACAUUUUGUUAUACGUAUUGAUGCUUCUUUUGCAGCAGAAUUGCUGACCUUUGUCAUUCGACAUCUACCCGAAUAAGUUCAGAUGAGAGUAAACAGUUAUUUAUAUAGUCAAUGCAUACGAGCUUAUGCAGUGCACAGACAGCACAUGUAAAAAGUUUUUUUUGAAAACCAAAGUGUUUUUAUACAUCCUUCCGUGUAGUUGGCACAGAGCUCAAAUAUAUGGAAAGAGGGGGAAAUAAAUAAUGAAAGUAUAUUGCAUAGUUGUUUUACUAUACAUAACUUAAUGUUUUCUAGUAAAAUCUCAAGGUGUUUACCCUUCCGUUAACUGUUAAAAUGCAAACAGUUCUAGAUAGCUUUUCACAAACUUUAUUGGAACUGUAUGUGUACUGCAUAUCUCCAUAUGUCUCGCCUAUAUCAACUGUUUACAAUCAGUUUAACUCUUGAAAGCUCAAGAAAAAGGACCUUGUGGGCAAAAACAUCUUAUCAGUCUAUGUAAGAACAGCAAUUGAAGUAUAUUUGCAAGUAAUACAUUUAAAAGCUUUUUAGUUUGAAACUAGCAUGAAAUGUAUGUUCAUUAUUUAUUUAUCUGGAAGGGACAGCUUUCACAACGGUUAUUGGUGAGCUGGGGAAGAAAGCAUUUUAGCAAAAGAACAUUGAUUUUAUUAAAUUACUGUUUUUAUGCUAUAAAAUGCACACAAUUUAUUUAACUGCAUGUGCUUAAAAAUGUAAAGUAUUAAUUACUUUACACAAAUAGGAGUACACUCAAAUGUGCAAAGUCAGGUUUGGUAGCUAGCUGGCUAGUGUAUGAAAAAACUUUUUUUGCUCUUGCACGAUAAUUUAUUAGUAAAAGCACUUACGAACAACACAAUAAAAAAUUGUUGCUUAUGUAUAAUGUGAUUUAAACGGUAACAUUUUGGACAGGCAAUAAUAUUAUGUUUAACUGGCUUAUAUUCUGUUUUUGUUUACAGCUUUAUAAACUGCUCAAGGCAAUGUAUUUACACAUUUUUUGUAACUUGUGAAAAGGCAAUGACAUUCAUUGUUAUAGGAAAGUGGAACUGUGAGAAAUGUAUGCAUCUCUCCAUUUUUCUGUAUGAGAUGAAAAUGCAUAAUUUUUUAUGUAUGUGUGUGUGUAUGUGUAUAUAUCUAUAUAUAUCUAUAUAUCUAUCUCAUUCUGCAGUUUCGUUGGCUGCCAAACGCGGCAUUCAUCUCUUUUUGGAGCCUGAUUUCUUCUUGUGAGAGUGCAACACAGUAAGAUCUGUGCAAAUACAGAUGUUAGUGUAUUGCACUUUCACAAGAAGAAAUCUUGCUCUACAAAUAGCCAAUUGGUCUUCCGCAAUCAGCAGCUAACAACAAAACUGCCAAAUGCACAUCCCACACACACAACAGAAGUGAGUACACCCCUGUGCAAUAAUAACUUGGAUGUCAAAAGAUUCAAACUUGUAUCUCCUUCUGUAUCACCUCUCAAUAAUUGCAUUAUUUCUAAGUUGACAAUUAGAGUAUUUCCUCUUAUGAACAAUCAAAAAAACAAAUACUUUAAAAAGAUAUUGAAAAUACAGACCCCAAAGUAGAAACUCAAUGCAGCAUAAGUGAAUACACCUGUAGUCACUGACACAGAAGUUAGAUCAUUGAAACAAAAUUGAGUACACCUGUUAUUUCCAAUUAGCCUUAUUGUAUGAACAUGGUUAUAAAAUGACCUAUGAACUCCAGAACUUUAUCAGUUUUGGACCUAUGGGCUGUGUCUAUCUGCAUCAUGACUCCACAUGGAAAAAAAGAUACCAGAAGAUCAGUGACCAACUAAAAAUUAGUCGAAACACAGUUGCAGCAGUAAUCAGGAGGUAUAGAACGAGCCAUAGUACCACUAAUCAGAGCCACAGUAGCCAUCAUCCUUAAAUGACACGAUGAACAAUGCACUACUUUCACAAUCUAGCUCUAAAAAAACAGGUAAGUGCUUUAGACUUGGCUUAGGGGUUAUAAAUGGAAAUUGGACUUUCUGUGACAGCAAAGACAGGACGAAGGACAUUGCACAAUGUCAUCCUCCUAUGGACAGCUUCUAAGAAAAAAAAAAACCUUGUUUGGUCUUUGGCACAAAACUGCAAGAUUAAAUUUUGCUAAACAGCUUGAAAAGAAGCCUAAUGUGUAUUGGGAACAUAUUCUUUGGUCAGAUGAGACCAAGAUAAAUUUGUUCAGCUCAGAUGGGGUUCAGCAUGUUUGGCAAGAUGACAUUUAUAGAUGGCACCAUGAAUACCUGUGGAUAUACCAAAAUGCUGGCUGACAAGAUGCCUCCCAAUCUCUAGAAGUUUGGCAAAAGAGAAAUAUUCCGGCAUAAUGAUCCAAAGCUUACUGCCAAAAUCAAGAAAAAAGUGAAAACUAUGACCUGGCCAAGCAUAUUGCCUGACUUGAAUCCAAUAGUACACAUUUUGGGGUAUUUUAAAGUGAAAGGUAGAGCAAAAACAACCCCACAGGAAAGAACAGCUGAAAAACAUUGUCUCUAAAUAAUGGCAGAACAUCUUUCCAGACAUUUGUACAACACUGGUAUUCUCCAUGAUGAUGAGGAUUGAGUCUGUCAUCAAAAAUAAAGGCAGACAUACAAAGUAUUGGAAAAUAAAAUAUUUGAAUUUCAGUAAUGAAAGGUGUAGUGAGUUCCUACUGUAAGGCCUGUUUUUUUAAUAUAGUAAAAUCUGAACGGUAUAGAGCAAAUACCCUACUGUAAAACUUAGAAGUAAUACAAUUGCUGUGAGGGGUGAUAAUAAUGCAACUGCUGUUUUGACAGCUCUUAAAGCCAAUAUAUGUACUUAAAGGGACAUUCCAGUCAAAAUAUAAAUGCACAUAGAUUUAUUGCAUCUUUGAAUAGAAACAUAUUUACAAUAUACAUGUAUUGGCAAAAAUGCUUCUAUUAAGAGUUAUCACUGAUUUAGUGUCAACAUUUUUCUCUGCAUGUAAAGCAUAGCUAGAUAUUUUCACUGCACCCACAUUUUAAAUAAUGCAGCUGCUCAUAUAAUCAGUGGGGCUUGUAUCAUGUCAGCAAUUAACAAAUUGAGUAAUUACCAGAUGGUACAAGCACCUUAGGACUUCCGAACAAGUGUUGUUUAAAAUGCUGGUGCACGGGUGCAUACUUAAAUACAAUUUUGAAACACUUGUAGCUUUAUUAGAAGCAUUUUUGCUAAUGCAUGUAUAUUACAAAAUUGCUUCUGUUCAAUACAGAAAUGCACCCAUGUGCUUUCCAAUUUUGGCUGGAAUAUCUCUUUAAAGAUAGACUGAAACUAGAUCUGUUUCUUACUGACACAGUCUAAAGAUCUGACAAUAUAUAUACAUUUCUUUCAUAUAGGUGGAGAGAGUCCAUGAGCUGUUACGUGUGGGGUAUACAGUCCUACCAAGAGAAGGCAAAGUUUCCCAAAAGCCUAUAAAUACCCCUCACACAUAACUCCGUUUUAAACUUUGCCUCCUUAGGAGGUGGUUGAAGCAUGUUGAUGUGCUUGAUUUCUUCAUUGAAAGGAGCUUCAGUGCAUAUUGAAGUACAUUGAUUGUGAGAAGGAAGUAAAGAGAGUACUGCCUCAUGUCACCAUGUUUUCGCCUCACGGGAAAUCUUUUCAUGGGCUCUCUGUAAAUCUGGCUCCAUUUACAGAUCGACAUUAUACUCCUAUUUCAUUACCUCUGCUGAUCUGUUUCAGUACUGGUUUGGCUGUCUGCUAUAUGUGGACGAGUGUCUAAGAGUAAGCUUUGCAUUCUUUGGAUGUUAGAGCAUUGAAAUAUUAUUUUGAUGCUAGUAAAGAUUUCAAACAGACUUCUAGUCUUUUUGUUCUGUUUUCUGGUCCUAAGAAAGGACAUAGCCUAUAUCGGUUGCCACAUCUUGAGCUUUAAAGAAAUGAGGCUUCAGAAGCAUCUUUUGGUAGAAAGGUUCUUCAGGCAGUUGUCUGUCUGUGAUAAUUGUGCUUAUAAAUUAUUAUUUUUUUUUAUAAAAGACUUUAUUUUGGAUUUCAUUUCUCAGCGAAAAAAGCUGUUUUUAUUUUAUCCUUCCCUUUCUUGUUACUCGUAACUUCCACAUCUUAGUAAUUAUAUCCCAUACGUAACAGCUCGUAGACUCUCGCCACCUAUAUGAAAGAAAACAUAAUUUAUGUAAACUUACCUGAUAAAUGAAUCUUUCAUGGUGGCGAGAGUCCACGAGGCCCCACACAUUUGGGGAUAUAUAUUUUUUUUAAAGCACAUCUUCCCCCCCCCCCCCCCCCCUCUUUAUUGGCUUUUACUCCUUUUUACACCUACUUGGCUAUUUGUAAACUGAGAUAUGUGUGAGGGAGUGGUAUUUAUCGGCUUUUGAGGUUUGGGAAACUGCCUCUUCUUGGUAGGAAUGUAUAUCCCAUACGUAACAGCUUGUGGACUUUUGCCACCUAUAUGAAUGAAAAGUGAAUCACAUGCUAUCCCUUUAAACCAAUUUUUCCUCCAUGGAAUCUUAGUUUGGUUUUGAGUGUUUCAUUUGUUGUUGUUGUUUUGUUUUUUCUUUUAUUGGCUUAUUGUGAAAACUUAAUCCAGAAUAGCCUUUAGGCAUAGAUCUUAACCCCAUCAAUCUGUUUUUCAUGGCACUUUGACCCCUCUGUAUCACUUAGGAUAAAAAAAUAUUUUAUUUUUUUAUUUUUUUUUCUUUCAUUUCCAUGAUCUCAAAAUGUUGCAUCUUUUUUUUUUUAAAAAAGGGACCCUAAACACCUUGUAAUUGCAAGACAUUUCUGUUCUGUUGCUAUAGAACAAUAUAUCAGCAAAGUCUUAACGUUUUUAAAACACUCAUCCUUUUUACUGGCAUUAUUUCUUAAUAGCCAAACACACCAACCAUUUGCCUUAUCUGGAGGCUAGUCACAGUCAUACGAUUAGUAUAAAAUGCAUUGUUUUGUAGCUAUCUGAUAAGCCGGGCAGAUAUGUAGCAUUGAGAAAUCAGCAGGGUGCAAUUCAAGAGCUGAAAAUUAGAAUUGCUUAAUUACACAGAAAAGGGGCAAAAUAAUGAAAAUAUAUUGCAGAGUUGUUACAUUGUGUAAAACUAAAUAUUUUAUAUAAAAAUCUCAAGGUGUUUACUGUCUCCUUUUAAGGUUGACUUAGUUCUGCAAAAACUAUAUUUAUUAUAUACCUCAGCCUAUAUAUUGUCUGAAUUCUAUUCCUAGCCAGUUUUUCUGUAAUUGGUGCACUUGUAAUGUUCUGUAUUUUCCCAUAUGUUUGGGAAAAAUUAAUGACACACGUACUUAUAUUUGUUUAGCGUAAUGGUCUGGGACCAUAUGAUUUUCUAGUCAUUUAAUUAAAUUUUCUCAAACUAAGCUUUCUGUUUGAUAAAAUAUAUAAUAAUAGUCCGGAAGGUUAUAAAUAUCUAUAAUAUAAUGUUGACCAUGAUAGAAUAAAUAAGGUGGAAAUCAGUGCCAGCUGACAAAAGGUGAUAAACCAGUAAGAUUAAAUAUCCUUUUCCAAGAUAUUCCUAAUAAAGGUAAUGUAAGGGAAGAAAAACUGGCUAUCACCUUAGCGCUUGGAAAUGAUACCACCCAAGGCUUAUAAUAAAUAGGGGGAUAUGAGCAAAUCAGCAAAAUGUAAAGUCAAUAUACGGAAUUUGAGAUAUACAAUGAAUAUACAAAACAUAUAAAUACACAUAUAGAUUAAUUGUCACCAAUAGUAAUGAUAAUGGUCAUCAAUAGUUAAUAUAAAAGUCCAAUAUAGUGGAUAUGUGAAAACAAAAAAGUUGUUAGGGGCAAUGAAGUCAGUCACAUCAAGCACCGUGGAAUUCAGUGUGAUAGAUAUUAAAUAAACGAAAAGUGCGGAGUAUGAAACACCUAUAGGGGAUCUACUUAGAGGAACAAACCUCAGUCGUAUGAGGUAAGUAAGAGGUGGGCAAAUGGGCUGUACUACUCCAAACGAAUCCCUGUGUGUAUCUGGUUCUGUCGGUGGAAAACCUGGAAUCAAUGCGGAUAGACGAGUGCCGUGAGCCUGAUACUGCAAAGCAGAUGAGUGGACUUUAAACAAAUCCCCCAUACGGUCAGAUUACUUGCUGCUUGUGCUUCAGUUAAUUGAGGGUUAGACGACCAUAUAGAAUGUAUAGGGAACAAAGCAUAUACAGGGUAAUAGCGCAACACUGUUUUAUUAAAUCAGGUUAAAAAGCAAGUUUAAACACUUACAAGAUGAAACCUCAAUGAAAUGAGUUAACGAUAGAGCUUGUCAAAAGUAAAUACCAGACGGUGAGUCCAGGGUAAUCUCCGGUGGCCACCAGAGUUACUAUUUGUGGGUAUAAAAACUGCUGGUACUCCAAACAGGAGAGCUGGAUACGGCAGAAGAAAUUGUACUAAGUACCUGGUACUUUCUUGUACACAUUUUAGUACAGUUCAUUUGCCCGCCUCUUACUUACCUCAUACGAUUGAGAUUUGUUCCUGUAAGUAGAUCCCUUUAUAUAUUUUUGUUUUCACGUAUCCACUAUAUUGGACUUUUUAUAAUGUGUGUGUAUAUGUGUAUAUAUAUAUAUAUAUUUCUGUCUAUACACACACAUACACACACACACAGUCCUGGAGUUAGAAAUUGCACUUUUCAUAAGGAGGCUAGACUAAUAGGUUCUUGUUAUUGCUGCUUAUAAUUAUGAGCUCUAAAGCUCUCUGGACAUACUUGCACUCCCUGAAAUACCUUAUCUUAAACUACUAAACUGAUCGGUUCUAAUCAAUGGUAAUCUUAAAGGUAUAUGAAACCCAAAAAUGUUGUUUUGGGAUUCAGACAGAGCAUACUUUUUUUAAAAAGCUUCCAAUUACAUUCUAUCACCACAUUUUCUUUGUUUCCAUGAUAUUCUGUGUUGAAGCGAUACAUAGGUAGGCAUCUGGAGCACUGCAUAGCAGAAAAUAGUGCUGCCAUAUAGUGCUCUUGCAAAUGGAGAACAUCAAAACUGCUGCCAUAUAGUGCUCCAGAAACGGGCUGACUCCUAAGCAUACACCCCUGAUUUUCAACAAAAGAUAGCAAGAGAACAAAGAAAAACUGAUAAUAGAAUAAAUAAGGAAGUUGUUUAAAAUUGCCUGCUCUAUCUGAAUAAUGAAAAACAUAUUUUGGGUUUCAUAUCCCUUUUUAAAUGAUAAUGUAACAUUAGUAUUUAGAGUGUUUGUAUCCAGUUUUAUAAUGAACUUAUGAUUCUGAAAUGUUCCAGAUUGUACUGUUUAUUUAGCACUUUGAUUAUUUUCUGAUUUUCAAUUAAUCUUAGAACUGUUUUAUACUAAAUAAAAUUAUUAUAAAAUGA